GGGCCGCGGGUUCGAGGCCGGGUCCCGCGCGGGGAGGCCGUGCCACCCCGGGGGAUCUGCCCGGCGGCGAGUUUGCCCAGCAGCCGAAAGAAGGCGGGAGCCGGCGGGGGCCCUCGAAACCUCCUGGCAACCCGGGCGCGGAGUCCCCGGGGAGCGGCUGCUUCCUGGGACGCCCUCCCUGACGCCCCCGCCGAAGGGUAGCGGUUCUGGGCCCCCGGCCGAAGGCGCCUCCGGGUGACCCCCGGCGGGGCCCUGCGAGCCGCAAGAGCCGACCCCGGGGCCUCGAGCGGGGAGGCAGGGGCUUUCCGGAGACGCGGGGCCCGGGGCCGAAGGAGCCGGAGCGCGGCGGAGCGGAGCCGGGCCUCCCGGGCGCGGGGCAGGGCAGCGCUUCGGCUGGAGACGGACUCGGGGACCCUCAGGUGCGGGGGCCUCAGCGACCUGCCCCCGGGGGCGCGCGGCCGCGGAGUGGCCUACAGGGGACCCUCCCCCAGAGGGGCCGGCCCGGGGCGGGGAGAUGAACGGCUUUAGCACGGAGGAGGACAGCCGCGAAGGGCCCCCCGCCGCCCCCGCCGCCGCCCCGGGCUACGGCCAGAGCUGCUGCCUCAUCGAGGACGGCGAGCGUUGCGUCCGGCCCGCGGGCAACGCCUCCUUCAGCAAGCGAGUCCAGAAGAGCAUCUCGCAGAAGAAACUCAAGCUGGACAUCGACAAGAGCGUAAGGCACCUGUAUAUCUGCGAUUUCCACAAAAAUUUCAUCCAGAGUGUACGAAAUAAAAGGAAGAGGAAGACGAGUGACGAUGGUGGAGAUUCUCCUGAGCACGACGCUGACAUUCCUGAGGUUGAUCUGUUCCAGCUGCAGGUGAACACUCUACGACGUUAUAAACGACACUACAAAUUGCAGACCAGACCAGGCUUCAAUAAGGCCCAGUUAGCAGAAACUGUCAGCCGACACUUCAGGAACAUACCUGUGAAUGAAAAAGAGACCCUGGCCUACUUUAUCUACAUGGUGAAGAGUAACAAGAGUAGACUGGACCAGAAGGCAGAGGGCGGCAAGCAGCUGGAGUGAGGGUGAAGCAUAUCUUCAAGGAACGAAGUAUAAUGCUUAGUGCACAGGUGAUAUCUGCUCCAUUUAAGCCCAGAAAGACUGUUAAAUUUAUUGUAAAUAAAAAAGUUUGAAUGAUGAAUACUGUAAAUCUUUUUGGUCAGGAGGAUUAUAUUCUCAUGAUUCAGCAUGUGUAUACAAAGACUUUCUUUUAAGGCAACUACUGGACAAAAAAAACAAGAUCAUAAAAAGAAUUAAAGAAAACUAUGUAUUGCAGCAUUCAACAAAGCAUUAAGUCUAGAAUUGAACUGGAAAUGUGGCAUAAAAAAUAUUUUGGUAGUCACCUUGUUGUACCACACUGCCACGUAGGGGAAUAGCCCUGGACUAGCAGCGAGGUGCUGUUGACGGUGGAGGUGCAUGAGCAGACCAAAGUCUGCUGGGGGCGUAGUUGCCCCGCUUUGUUGCAAGCCUUGUCAUUUAUCAGCACAUCAGUUUGACACUGGUCUCCCUCACUGGCUCUGUGCCUUGUACACAGGAGGUACUCAAUCAGUGUUGUUGGCUAAUUGAGCUGUCACUGCCAGUGCCAGCCUUGUAACAUCUGCUUCACACCUCUAGUUAAUGAGACCUCUGCCCUUUGUGUUGCUCACCACUUAACUUCUAGAGUGUGGAGGAAAUCCUGAUGCACCAACAGGAGGUUUCAAGUCAAAUGAGGACUUCAGGGCAGUCGCAUUUGCCAAGCUAUAUUUGUGGAGGUUCCAGAAACACUAAUGCAGAGACCCUCAUGAGAGAUGUGGCCCUUUGCACACCCCUCUGUACUUCACUCUUUGGGGUGAAAUUAUGUAUCAUGACUUCAGCCAUUCUCCUGGGCCAUAAAUGCUUUGAAACAUGGAGAUGUUUAGUGGUUUGGGGCUCAUGUUUUCAGAAGUACUAAUCCUUAGUUCACACCACCCAAGAAAGCUGCCAAGGACCAUGUGAUUCCUGCUCAGAAGUCCAGCUCUGGGAUAGAAAGUCUGUCUGACCUUGAUCCCCUGGGCUCUUGGGGGUCAGCAGCAAAUCAUGGGUUUGAGCAACAAAGGUCAGUGCCAUCUGAUGUUCAUUUUGUGAGCAAUUUGCCUCCCUUUUAGGGGGAAAGAUUACUAAAAUGAUUUUUUUAAGUAUUAAUAAUUACCUGUUUUUUUAUGUUCAAAAACUCAGAUUCCUCUAUCUAAUUAUAUCAGAGCCAGAGUAUCCUUUGAAAACAAAGCUUUAUGUCCAAAAGUAUGCUUUUGCAAAAUUUUCUAAUCAGUGUUGGGGUGCAGAGGGUGUGGAUAGAGGGUGGGAGAAAAAGAAGAAAAGGACUUGGAUUCCAAUUUCUAACCAUCUUGACAUAUUCUGUGGUCAAAAGUAUCAUUUUCUUGCUCAGUUUUAAUUCUGAGUUCUUACUUAAGCCUUAAAUAAUAAAAGGAGCAGUGGACAGCCUGGCCUGGCAGGGAGUUUUAAUGUCUCAUAGAUGGCUUAAUCUGAGCGUCAGCACAGAGAAGUUAGAACAAACGUCCCCACUGAGCAGUGUGGUGGAGUGUCCGAAGGUCUCGGUUCUGUGGAGCAGAGUACCAUGGUUUCUGUGCACUGGGGACACGGCCACCACUCUCACUAACGCAGUGUGUUCCAUUGCUGCAGAGCUUUCGCCAGUGUUCAAAAUGCAUGUCUAGCAGAUUGCAGCCUUUUUAAAUAUAUAUAAAUGAAUGUACAUAGAACAUACUCUAGACUAUGAGGAGAUCGUAUUUUCGUACACCUGGCUGUGGACAGCAUGGCAAGGUGCUCUCUGAGUGUUCUUAGUCAUUCAGAUUCAAUGUGUAUUUAGAGAUUGUCUCACUACUUCUAGCUGAGGGAUGUUGAUGUGUAGACAUCAAGAAGCCUCAAAGGUAUGCGACUUAUAUAGAUUUUUUUCCUGAGAGACGGAGUUAGAAAGGCUUUGAAGGAGUCAAACACCAAGCCUCCUUUGUCAGGAGGAGGGUUUUCUCAUUGGGGUGGAGUUUGGGGGCAGAUGGGGCCUAUAGGUUAAGGCAUAUUGGUAACCUGCUCUCUAGAAAUGUCCAUAUCUUAUUGAGAAAAAACGUGUAUCUUGCUAUGUUUAAACCAAAAUUGUGGAUGUGUAGGUCAUGUCACUGUUUCUUUAAUGGCAAAUCUGUUUUCCCAGUUGCGAGACAGCAGUACAUUGCUAUACAAGAAGAUGUGGUGUUAGGAUCCAUCUGUUCAAGUGUGUCUAAGAAUGCUCUUGUUCCAAAGUGAAGCCUGGGGCAACUUGCCACCUUCAGCCAGAUGCUGAGCGCAGGUGAGUCCCAGGCCAUCUUUCCUCUAAAGAGAGGUACUUUGGGAAAUCGGAGGUUGUGGGUAUCUUUUCAGCCUUUGAAAACAUGUCAGGUGAGAAAAGACAAAGCUGUCUGAACUUAUGUUUUUCUCGUGUGCAGAAAUCUGUUCUUUCAUCAACCACUAAACCACUUGCCUUAGCCUCUUCUGCAGUUUCCCAUGGCUUGACCUGUGGGCAGGAGACCUGCCUGUUGGAAAUGGCCAGGCCCUCCAAAGCGACUGGCUCUGGCUUCAGGGAGCAGUGGGGUUUGGGGAAAGCAGUGUUCAUCCUGGCCGCCUGCAUUUUCAUAUCACCUGUCAAGGACUCUUGCGCUUCUCUCCACCCGCAACGUUGCAACAUUGCCUUCUCUCCUCUUGGUGCUCCUGGGUAAAACUGGAGUUCGCAGUCCAGAACUGGCAUUGUCUUCUUGAAGAGUACGGUUCCUGCCUCAGUCCCGGCCUGGUAUGGGUCUUGCAUACGCCCUGAAGGUUGUCACAUGGAAACGUCAGUAUCCUGCCAUUCAUGUUGCUUUGUUUUAAGGUUUUUCAAAAACAAGUGGACAAACUUUAUUUCAACGAACAAACUCUUAGGUUGGCAACAGCAUGUGAGAAAGAUCAUAGCUGAAUCCCAUGCAAGAUUGAAACCAAAGGAUUCAAGACCGGUGUUGUAAAAUGAAGAGGAAUUUCUCUUAUGUAUUACAGCCACCAGGUUGCUAGAUGUUCCUGUCGUAGCUAAGUAUUCACUGCUAGCCUUCCAGAGAACGGAUAGUAGUAACUGUUUGCAGCUGGAAUGUUGCAUCGAACCUUGGCGUUUCAGCUGUUUAUUUUGUGGGAACUUUUUUGUUAAUAUCCUGAAGGACAGCUGCCUGGUUGGAGAAGGGAGAAAGCAGGAGAGGGAACUUACUCUGGGGACCAGAGUUAUGUGCUGUGUGGAAAUCAUCUGAAGGCUCUGUCAUUACAAUGACAAGAUCUAAAAGCUGGGAAAGGGUCUUAAGUCAUCCAGUCCAGUCUCCCCAUAGGUGCUGACUUUCUGCCUACAACUGUCCCACCAAGGGAUUGAGCAGUCUGGGCUUAAACACCUCUGAGGACAGAGAACUCACUACCUCCUGGGGAAGCCUGUUCUAGCUUUGUAAACCUCUGGCUUUUCUGUGUUCUCUGUAAUUUCCAUCUUAGUCUCUGCCCAGUGGGGCCCACCUGGAACAAGUUGUUCAUCUUGGCCAAGGACCUCAUUGCUGGCACUGUCCCAGGGCAAAGCGUUUGUCUUCUGGAAAGGAGCAGGCAGCAGAUAGUCCUGACUGUCCUCCCCCUGAGUAUUGGUCCAUUUAGGUCCUUGUUGGAGAAUGUCGAGGGAACCCCAUCAGCCCAGUUAUACUCGCUUGUUCGUGCUGAAGCUGAUGGGGAGGGAGUUGGGGGGGGGGGCAUGCUGUCAGCCUGCUGAAAAGUACCGUAAGACAGAUGAGGCCUUAGUUCUGUGCUUGCCCCACAAAAACUGAUGCUCACAUCACUUAGGAAAAUUUUAGCUAGAAAAUUUAAAAUAUUAUCAUUGCUCUGUGUGGAGUUUAAAGGUUCCAUGGCUGCUGAGGGCUUGCACCUUAAGAUUCCUGCAAUAUUUCAUACAUUGUUUUUAUUGGGAAAAUCUUAGCCAUUUGGGGGCGUGGGUCGGGGGGACCACAUGUCUCAGUGUCAGAGAAGUGCCAUAUUUUCAAGCUGGAAAGUUCUUUAAGGUUGCUGUUGCCCAGUCAUUCAUUUUUAGAGAUGGGGAAACUAACAUUAAAAGACUUGCCGGAGUCACCUGGCAUCUGGAGAGUAAGUAACCUCUCAUCCUCCUGGCCUGUCCAGCGCUCUCCUCAUUUGCCAACUUGCAGCGAGACUUUACUCCGGUCUGAAGUAAGCUGCCCUCAGAUUCUUGAGACCUUGCAACUGAGCAGAGGUUUCCAAGGCCAACCUGCAGAACUCAAGGUUGUGUGAAAUGAUUAGGAAAGCAGUCAGUUGAGUUUUGCAAAACAAAUGGGAGGGGAGAAAAGAACUAGCCUAUAAUUUAAGACCAAGGUUCAAAAGUCCUAGCAGGAGAUGUAGUAUUGUCUUAGAAUCUAAAUUCUCACGAAAUGGGCUUGUUCUGUGAUCUGUUGGUCAGACUUCUGCCUUUCAGGUUGUCCUUUGAGGCUCUGUAAUUCAGUUGGCCCUGACUUGGACAGACACAGCUCUGUGGCCUUGCAAUUUGCAGCCUCCCGGUCCCUGUUACUGAGCUGGGCAGUUGAACUGAAGGACAGGUGAGCUCAGAUCAUGCCCUGGGAAGCAUGGGGCUUUAGGGGUGCCUUUUUAUUCCUUUUAUUUUAUUACAGACUGUUUCCAAGUGUAUGGUUCGGAAGGGUAAAGUUGAUCUGACAUUUUCAGGUGGAAUCCAGCCCGGGGCAAGGUGGGACCUUUUCUUAAGGUAGGAAUGUCUACAAUCAGUUAUUUCAUCUAGCUUGCAUCUUAAAACACAAACCCUUCAGUUGCUUUCACUUAACACAUCUUUGCCAAUGACAGAAGGUUGUACAGGAUCCCUGUUUUACACAUCUGUUAUCCGCUACACCCAUCAGAGUGAUUUGGGGUGUGGGUUUGUUUGUUUUCCAUUUUGUAACUGCCUUAUUGAAAAGCAAGUGCCCUUCCAUUCCAGGCCUCCUCAUAUUGUACUUGUUUCCUGCCAAAUUUGGGGGAUCAUUUGUAUUUUAAUUUUGUAAUCUAUGGCUCUGUACUGUUGAAAGGCUCUCGAUUCUGUGGAGUCUCCUUAGUAUGUGUGUGACUUUUCAUGUUGCGGUAUCACACAGAUAGAACGGCCCGACUUUGCUCUUAAUAAACGAUCUGAAUGAGUAAUGAGAGACA